AUGUCAACACAAUUGCAAGAUGAAUUUGAAGACAAAUUUGAACAUGAAUCAUUGUUCCUAUACCUUGAUAAUGAAUUAUUUCUAUAUUCAUAUCCUGAUGAAUCAAACCAAAGCGAACAACCUUGCCCAGAUGAGUCAUCAUCACAAACAGAAUUCCAAAAUACUAA